GAGAAUGCUUGGUUUUUAUGCUUAUUUUCAUAUCUUGAAAUUUCCUGAUUUGUUUGAGUGAGGAAAAAUUUUCUUUUAAUCCCCUUUUCUGUGAUGAGUUUGAAUUUAGGAUCAUCUGGGUUUUGAGUUUUCUUUUUGUUUCUUUUUUUCUCUGUUCUGUUUUUUUUUUUUUUUUGUUUCUCAUAUGAUCGUUAGCUGCAGACACACGACAACCAUAUCUGAUCUACUGGGUUUCAGUACAAAAUUUUCAUGAUAUGCUUUACUGUUUCUCAAAUAAACAAACCAAAAGUUUGGCCCAGGGAGAGGGAGAGAGCGUUGAAGAUUAUGCCACUUUUACAUAUUGCCAUGAUUUGUUGGGGCCAACAGAGCACUGUGAAAGAAAGUAAUGAAGUGAAGAAAGUAGAGAAAAGAGAUUCGAGUGAAAGCAUUUUCAUAUACCUUUUCUUUUGGUUUACGUAUAUUUUUCUUUUCUGAAUAUCUUACGAAAGUGGCUUUGGUUGGUAGAAGUGGGGGUGGUUUCUCAGGAGUUUCUUUGAAGGGAGUGUUUGUUAUUUGUUCUUGUGGGUCAGAGAGCUUUGAAGGUGAACACCAACUAUUCAUUCAACCUGCUUUUAUUCUUCAGCAGGAACUGCAAAGUAUGCAGACAUCAAAGCCCAAAAGUUUAGAACCACUGAGAAAACCUCGACCCAUCCGACAACUUAAAUCACCGGGUUCAGAUUCUGUUUCGGCUUCAGUUUCUCCACUACCUCCAAGUAAAAUGACGAAGGAACGAAAUCCUAAAACCGUUGUUACAAAAUCAGUUCAAAGUUCUGUACUUGAGAAAAAACGCCCAAAUCGAGUUUCUACAAUAGAAUCACAGAUUGCUCAACUUCAAGAUGAACUGAAAAAGACAAAGGAUCAACUGAACUCUUCUGAAUCAGGGAAGAGGAGAGCAAAAGAGGAAGCUGAAGAGGCUAAGCAGCGGCUUAUCGUAAUGUCCUCGGAGCUUGAGGAUUCUAGACAGCAGUUGUUUGACCUUUCGGCAUCUGAAGAUGAACGGAUUCAAGAACUACGUAAAGUUUCGCAGGAUCGAGAUAGAGCAUGGCAGUCUGAACUUGAGGCUCUCCAAAAACAACAUUUAAUGGAUUCUGCUGCUUUGGCUGCUGCUAUGCAUGAAAAUCAGAAGCUUAAGCUUCAGCUGGAAAGGAUAGCUGGUUCAGAGGCGAACCAGAGUAGACAUGCCGAGUCCGCACACGCUGAGAUUCAGGGCCUCAGAAUAGAACUCAAAGAAACACUCUCACUCGUGGAGGAACUCAGAUCCAAGCUUUCUGAAUAUGAGGAUUCUGAAGCUCAGGCCCUCGAAGAUCUGAAGAAAACACAUAUGGAACUGCAAACAGCAAACAAAACCAUUGAAAAUCUUCAAUCGGAAGGAACCAAUGCGAUGAAAGCAUUCAGCUCCAUAUCCUUAGAGUUGGAGCAAUCAAAAGAAAAAGUUACAACACUGGAGGCUCUUGUUAGCAAAUACCAGGAUGAUUUUGCGGAAAUUGACAGGAAAAAAUUGGAGGAUCACUCUGAAAAUAAGAACAAUGACAAGGAUGAUGAAGCAAAUGAAUACAUUAAUCAGCUUAAAAAUGAGCUUAAUUGUGUUAGAUCUGAAAUGGGUCAAUUGAGACUGGCUUUAGAUGCUGCUGAUAGAAGGUACCAGGAUGAAUAUCUUCGAAGCACAAUACAGAUCAGAAGUUCUUAUGAAGAAGUAGAAUCGUUAAAAUCAGAAUCACGUCGUAAAGAGGCUGCAUUUGAAGCUGAACUCAUUCAAGCCAAGGCUCAAAUCAAGCAACUGAGGACGCAUCUUGAGGAUAAGGAAGCUCAACUUCUGAGCAUUGCCAAGGAAAAGGAAACUGCAAGCUUGAAUCAGAAAAUCAAAGAAAGUGAAAAAGAAACUGAUAUUUCUGAACAACUGAAGAAGUUCGAGUCUGAUAUUGAGGAGUUGAAGGCAAGCCUGCUAGAUAAAGAGACAGAGUUGCAAGGGAUAAUUGAAGAAAACGAUAUGCUCCGUGUGGGCAUUCAGAAAAUGGAAACAGAAAGGAAGAUAGAGCACGGCGAAACAACUGAUCUAGAAGAACCAGCAAAAUCUGCAAAUGAAGAGACUACGAACAAGCUCGGCAGUGUAAACGAAAACUCAGAAACUGAGGCGGAAUUGAGGAGGUUAAGGGUGCAGUUAGACCAAUGGAGGAAAGCAGCUGAGGCAGCUGCUGCAAUGCUCUCACCAGGGAAAGAUGGAAAACUUGUAGACAUUGCAGGUUCUAUUGACAGCAACUACCCUCUCAGCUCGUACUACUCUGAAGACCUCGACGAUGACUCGCCAAAGAAAAAGAAUAUCAACAUGCUGAAAAAGAUUGGAGUUCUAUGGAAAAAGAGUCAAAAGUAGAAGAUAGAAUUGCAGCAGCAUUUUCCCUCAAGUAUUAUGCAAAUUGGGUUGGUUUGGCUUCUUCUCUUAUAUCAUUUUGGCUUGAAUUCAUAGGCAAAGCAAAUAUUUUAUUUGGAAAUGUAUAUUAUAGUUGUUCAAACUGGGUCAGUUUUGAUUUCUUACAAAUGAAUUCAUGAUGCAUUUCAGCAAAAUACAGUAAGUUUUCCUUUUUCUUCAUUGCAGGUGAAAGAUGACAAAAAAUAAUGUAUAAAUUUUAAGGACUUUUUAGUCAUUUCAAAGGUUAUAUAUCUUCAUAUAUACAUCAGGGUCAUUGUUCAAAA